AUGGAUAUAAAUCGGACCCAGCUUCAGGGAAGCAUUGCUCAUGAUCUAUAUUCAGAAAUCUUGCAGUCAUCAAGUGUUGGGUCAGAUAGAAGACCAACUGCUGCCCAAGCAACCAACAGCCAAAAUGAAAGUGAUGAGGGCGAUUUGUGGUACGAGGAUGAAUCCUCUUAUGAAAAUUCUGUCGAGAGAUUGGAUAAAGCAUGCGACAUGGAGAGAGAAUGGGAGAGGAGGCAUAAUCAAUUCCACACGAUAGGCUAUCGUGAUGGCCUCAUUGCUGGAAAGGAGGUUGCUGCACAAGAGGGGUUCAAUAAUGGCUUCAAGGAGUCGAUUUUAACUGGAUACAACUGGGGUCUUGUUAGGGGAAUUACCAGCGCUAUGAUGUGUUUACCUGAUGGGUUGAAGGAAAAAUUAGUCGAAACAGAGGAAACGAUGAACGAGUUUCGGAAAUUGCAUGAAACCGUGCAGUCACUCUCGACAACUAAUGCUUUGAAACUCUUUUACGAAGACCAGAAAAGGAAAUCAGAAAACCAGAAAGAAAGUGACAAUCAUAGUCACACAGAGGUAGUUUUAAAUCAUCAACAUUCGGAUAAAAAUGUUCUCGAGAAUUGCCAUAGGCAGCUUCAGUCACUUCUCGGUGACACCCCUAUGCUUGACAAGGUCAUUUUCAAGUGA